GGAGGGGGGAGGAGAUGUCAGUGGCAGAUACGCACAGUGCGCGUUAAUUGGCAGGUGAGGAACACGAGAAGGAGGCGGCCGGCUGCAGGAAACAUCUGAUCCGCCGACAGGUUGGAAACUCAAGCAUCCUUCGCGGCAUAUAAGACGGAGGCAGCUGUCAGCGUCUCCACAAAACCUCCUCCAUCUGCUGCUGCUGCUGCUGCUGCUCGGGACCCGGAGCCGGAGAGGAAGCCCAGCCAACGGCGGAUCAAGAUGUCGCUGAACUCCAUUCUUUCAGCUGAGGCCAUUGAAAAUGCUGUCAAGGACUGUCAAGCUCCGGACUCAUUCUGCUUCAGAAAGUUCUCCCAGCUGUGUGGCCUCUCCUCAAAGACCCCCCAGGAGAUCAAAGAGGUCUUCCAGAUCCUCGACGAGGACCAGAGCGGCUUCAUCGAGGAGUCCGAGCUCAAGUACUUCCUGCUGCGGUUUGUCCCCGGAGCACGAACACUGACUGAGGCAGAAACCAAGAGCUUCAUAUCAGCCGCUGAUGAUGAUAGCGACGGCAGAAUUGGAGUACAGGAAUUCCAGAAAAUGGUCCUUUCCUGAGUUUUACAGACGAUAGGAGCUCAAGUCUUCAGGUCUUCAGUCCUCCCUCCCCAGGAGCCUUCUGGUCCAAGCUUCCAUUCCCUUGUGAUCUUUUUCUAUUAAAUGCGGUGUGUGCUAAUUGUUUUUCAAACUUAAUUUAAUGUGUCUUUCCUAUGGCUACUUUUAUAUUUUCUUUUCUGUGAACACCCCACAUCUAUCAUGGCAUUAAAUAAACAUGUGGAAACACAGA